UUGUGCUGUUAGCUCUUUGAAAACUGUGUGUGAAAUGCGCGUAUAGAGGCUAGACGUGAGUUGUCUGUAGAAAAAUUUUGCUUAUCGAUUACGCACGUAACACAUUAUACUCUGCUAAAGGAUAAUAAGAAGCAUGACGCUGAUGCUGUAGACAGCACAAAGAGAGCAGGAGGAGCACAGGAAAAAGCACAGUCGAAACAAAAGAGAGAGAGAGAGAGAAAGAGAAAGUGAAAGUGUCAGCAGAAAUAGUUUAAUUGCGACAACGAGACAGACAAAGGACAGUUAGAUGAAUCCCUAUAAUACUGGUGGUGAAAGUGCUGGACCAAAUCCCUUUGGAGCACCUUCAAGUGUUGGCUAUGGACAGCCACAGCAGCCGAGCAUGGGCUAUGGCUAUGAGGAGCAGCCAACUGCUGGCUAUGAUCAGGGAGGAGGAGCCGGUUAUGGCCAGCAGCCAGCUCCUGGCUAUGGUCCAGCAGGAGUCAGGCCACGUGUCGAUGUGGAGGCCAGUGGCGAAGUGGAUCCCAAUUUAUAUCCGGAGGCGAAGGAUUCAACGCAUAAAGUACGCGGUCACUCGGAGGUCUUGCAGAUGUUCUUUGGGGCAACGGAGCGGGAGCUGAUCCCGGUGAAGAGCUUCUACUUUUUCUUCUAUGCCGCCUUCGGUUCGCUGUUCCCGCUAAUGGGUGUCUACUUCAAGCAGAUGGGCAUGAAUCCCGGACAAUGCGGCAUUCUGGUCGGCAUGCGUCCCUUUGUCGAGUUCCUGUCGGCGCCGUUUUGGGGCUCCUAUGCGGAUCGCUUUCGCGAGGGCAAGAAACUGCUGUUGGCCUCACUUGCCUGCUGGGUGCUCUUCACCAUCCCGCUGAGCUUCAUUCGCCCGGAGGCCAUUAACUGCAUUGAGCGCCGCAAUGAGACGGAAUUUGUGCUCACCUAUACACGCACCAAGCGAGACACCUCCGCCAUGUACCCGGAUCCGAAUCAGGAGCAGCUCUACGAUGAUCUCAGUGAGGACAUGCUGGCCGAUGAGCCUGUCGAGGAAUUCCAGUCCGACGGCGGACAUAUUAGACGCAAAAGAUCCCUGUUCAUGCCUCGCAUUGAUGCGGGCAUUUCUCCGGUUCACAUCAACUUUGUGAGCAACUAUGAUGAGAAGCACAACAAGGAUUAUGUGACGCCCAUUUUCAGCUCGAUGGUCUAUCGCACACCAGACAUUCAGAAGGCAUUCUUUUUGCUGCUCUUGGUCAUCCUGAUUGGCGAGUUCUUUAGCGCUCCGGCCAUAACAUUGGCGGACUCGGCGGUGAUCACGCUGCUUGGCGAGGAUGCGGAUAAGUAUGGACAUCAGCGAAUGUUUGGCUCACUUGGCUGGGGCAUCUCCAUGUUUCUGGUGGGCAUUGCUCUGGAUCAUUCCACAUCGUUCUCGAAUCAUCCGUGCGGAGCGGGCAACAAGGAGAAGAACUAUAACAUUUGCUUCUCCAUCUUCUCGGUGCUGAUGACCUGCGCCAUCAUAUCCGCCGCCAAGAUCACCUUCAAGUACGAUCCCAUCGAUGAGAGCCAACUGCAGGCAGCCGCCCAGUUUGUCGAUCCCAACAAGAAGGCCGAGGAUGAGUCGAUGAACCAAUUGGCCGCCCAGCUCAACUUACCAUCACUGGCAGUGGGUAGCGGCAGUGCAUCUUCGGGUGCCGGCGCUGGGGGCACCAGUAGCUUCCAUGCUGCUGGCCAUCAGUCGCAGUCACAUAUUGGCGCCGAGUCCAAGGUGUUUGCCCAGACGUCCAAGGAGUUGCCCGAGUGGAUGACGGUGUUGACGCACUUCAAGGAUCUGAAGACGGCAUCGUUUCUGUUUGUCGCCUGGUUCAUGGGCUUUGGCAUUGGUCUGAUCUUCACCUUUCUGUUCUGGCAUUUGCAAGACUAUGGCGGCACACCCACCUUGUUCGGUGUCGCCUCCGUGAUCAAUCAUGUGUCCGAAAUCUUUGCCUAUUUCUUUAGCUUCCGCCUAAUCACUCAGAUCGGUCAUGUGAAAGUUCUCUGCCUGGGAUUGAUUGGCAAUGUGCUACGCUUUCUGUACAUCUCCUAUCUGACCAAUCCGUGGAUGGUGUUGCCCUUUGAACUGAUGCAGGGCAUCACACACGCCGCCGUCUGGGCCGCCUCGUGCUCCUACAUUGCCCACAAUACGCCCAAGCAUUUGCGCUCCUCGGGCCAGGGUGUGCUCCAGGGCAUCCAUCAUGGUUUGGGUCGUGGUUGCGGCGCCAUCAUUGGUGGCAUGUUUGUCACCUACUACGGUACUACUGCUACCUUCCGUUGGUAUGGUAUCGCGUGUCUCUUCGUGCUCGGCCUCUUCAUCUUCAUCAAUUUCUAUCGCAAGGAACAGGGCUUCAUCUCCGACAUUCCGGUCACCGAAGAUCCCCAUCAGGUGGCCGAGGAAACUUCUCACUUGGCUCCCCAUGGCGUACCCAGCAAUCCCAUACCACGUGCCCUGUCCAACUCACGUUUAAAUGAGAUGAAUCCCAAUGGCGGACCCUAUGGCACCUAUCAGACAACCGGUGGCAAUCUGGAUAUUCCCGGCGGUGCUGCUCAUAAUCCGUUUGCGCAGUAAAUCGAUGGCUUCCCAGAGAUUACAAAAGAGUCCUCGCAUACAGAACAGAUACAUUGCAUAGAUUAAAAUAAAUGAUACAUAGUUACAUUACAUAGUCAUGGACAGCAGCAGAGAUUGAACAAUAUUAAGAGUACUCAUAAUAUAUAACCGAAAACAUAUCUUGGACAUUGGCCUGCAAUAAAAAUUGCCAAACACAUUGCUUUAUUAUGGUUUUUUGGUGCUUAUACACACAUAGAUUACAUAGAUUACAUACAUACUCAAACUCACAUGCAUACUCAUAUGAAUAUAUUUUAUAUUGAAGGUUCAUAUACAUACAUAGAUAAAGCAAUACUUUUGCUAUCAUAGCGCUUACUGGAUUACAAAAUAUAAGUAAAUUGCAACAAAAUUUUUUUAAUUUUAUUGAAAGUUAGCAAUUAAAACGAAUUUUCACGUAGUUGCUUAGCAUACAUGCCAUGCCAAGAGAUUAUUUGAUGAUAUUUACAAGAAUUUUUCAUAUCAUUUGCAUCGCUAUCAUAUCCUAUGAGAGAAGAUCUUUUGAAAGCACACCAUUCAUAAACCUAGAGGAACCAAGAACAAGCACACACAAUACACAGCAACAAAA